AUGGCAGACAAGGAGAUCAAGGAAGGUGACCAAGUCUCCUGGCAAUGGUCCGGCAGCAACCCCGGUGGUAAAGCCGUCGAAGUCAAAGAAGGCGACGUAAACAUGGAGACCAAAUCCGGCAACACCGUAACCAAGCACGGCGAGGAAGGAAACCCCGCUGUCUACAUCGAGCGCUCCGGCCACGAUGUCGUCAAGAAGGCCUCCGAGCUGAACGUCGACAAGCCAGGCGACAAGCACAAGGAAGACGAGGGCGAGGAAAAGGAAGUCUCCAAAGAUGACGAGAAGAAAGAGAACGGCUCCGCCGAGACAGGCGACAAGCGCAAAGCCGAGGAGACGGCCGAGGAGAAGAAGGAUGAAGACACUGCUGCAAAGAAGCAGAAGAAAGGCGGAGAGAAGAAAGACGCAGAGAAGAAAGACGCAGAGAAGAAAGACGCCGAGCCAAAGGAGAACGGAGACGCACCAAAGAAGAAGGGACGACCAGCGAAGAAGGACGCCAAUGGAAACGCCGCACCGAAGAAAAAGAAGGAGCCCAAAAAGGCUGCGACUGAAAGUGGUGAGCCACGCCGAUCGGGCCGCAACAAGUCCUAG